AUGGAUACUGUGGUGAAGAAGAGCGAUGGCUUCAUGGAGCAUGUGGAGGAGGCAGAGAAAGGCAACCAGUCGACUCCACAGUAUGAUCAGUUUGGAUCCACUGCGAAGGUGGACCCGAAGGAGAUCAGGCUCGUGCGGAAGAUUGAUGCUUACAUGAUGCCAAUCCUGUGGGUCAUGUACUUUCUCAACUUUCUCGAUCGCAACGCCAUGGUGAAUGGAAAGCUCAACAGUCUUUCCCAAGACCUCAACUUGCAUGGAACGCAAUAUAAUACUUGCGUUAGCAUCCUUUUCGUCGGGUACCUUUUGGGCCAGGUCCCUUCAAACAUGCUCCUCAACCGUGUGAAGCCCGCGAGAUACAUGUCCGGGUUUAUGAUGGCGUGGGCCAUUGUGUCCACGUUAACCUGCCUCGUGAAGAACUACCAUGGGAUGCUGGUCUGUCGUCUGAUUCUCGGGAUAGUUGAGGCCCCGUUUUAUCCUGGGGCUUUAUUUAUGAUUUCCCUCUUCUACAACCGAAAAGAGGCAACGACGCGCAUGGCAGUGCUUUACACCGGAAACAUGUUGGCGAGUGCCUUCUCCGGCCUGAUAUCAGCAGGAGUGUUCGCCGGCCUCGACAAAAAGCAUGGCCUCGCCGGAUGGCAGUGGCUCUUUCUGAUCCAAGGCGUGGUAACCAUAGGAGUGGCCAUUUUAGCCUGGUUCAUUCUCCCCAACUCCCCACUCCAAACACCAUGGCUGACGCUGGAGGAGCGGCAACUGGCGCACGACCGCAUCGCCCGCGAUACCACGCAGAAAAGAGAAGGAACCAGCAUUUGGACGGGACUGCGCGAAGCAUCCACCGACUAUCGAACCUGGAUUUUUGCUCUCAUGUGCAACCUGCAUCUCUCAGCCAAUGGGUUCAAGAACUUUAUGCCCACGGUGGUGAAGACUCUCGGGUUCAACAAUACCAUCUCAUUGGUACUCACUUGUCCGCCCUAUCUUGUGGCAACCUUCACAUCUGUUGCUGUCUCUUGGUCCUCGGGCCAUUUCAACGAGCGAACCUGGCACAUCACUAUCUCCAAGGGACUUGCCAUUAUCGGAUUUGCGGUGGCGUGUGGUACCCUCAAUCUUGGCGCCCGGUACUUCGCAAUGAUCCUUUUCGUCGCUGCCACGUAUGGAGUCAAUAAUAUCAACAUCGCUUGGGUGGCAGCAACAACUGGCCAAACUGAUGAGAAAAAGGCAGUGGCUAUUGCAAUCACCAACACCUUGGGCAACCUGGCCAGUGUAUAUACACCGUACCUGUGGCCGGAUAGUGAUGCUCCGCGGUUCGCCACCGCCAUGUACUGCAGUAUCGGCUUUUCAGCGGGAGUUGUGAUUUUGGCCUGGGUAAUGAAAGCCAUCUUAGUUAGGGAGAACAGGAAGAUCCGGGCCACAAACCCCGAGGAGAUCAACAUUUACGCUUACUGA